GGCAAAAUUAAGUAACUGCAAAAAUUAGGGGAAUUGGAAACGACGAAUCCCUAAUUGGACGGAGAAGGCAGUGGUCGAGAGAGCUCCGAUGUCCGGCAGCGAGGAAUCGGAGUCGGAGGAGGAAGUUAGAUACCCUAGCGACGAACCAAAGGAAAAGAUGUCGGAAUACGAGAAGCAGAGGUUAUCAAGGAUCGCGGAGAACGAAGCGAGAUUGGAAGCUCUGGGCAUCCCCAAAGCCGCCAAGGCACUUGUGGGUUCGAGAAAACGCAGGGAGAAACCCAAUCCCGGUGAAGAAGACGAUGAUUAUAGACCCGGCGAGGAAACCGACGGCAAUGAUUACGAUGACGAAGACGAGGAGUUUCUGGGGAAUUCAAGCUCUGUUUCCCGUAAAAGAAUGACCUCGGCACCAAAGAGGAAGAAUUUGAAUAGAUCAGAUCCCCUUGGAGAGGAUGAGGAGGGAGAUGAUGACUUGAACAAGGCAAUAGCGCUUUCCCUACAGGACUCUGAAGCAGUAGCAGGAGGCUCUGCCACUACCACUAGCAAGACAAGGAGAAGCGACCAAGAGACACCAACUUGGAAGAAGAGAAAACCGGAGUUGAUGAGCAAGAUGCAGAUGACAGCGGAUGAAUUGGUCAUAUACUUUUAUCAGAUUGAUGAAGCUGGAAAAGGUUUCAUCACUCUCAGAGAUGUGGCGAAAAUGGCGACGGUGCAUGAUUUCACAUGGACAGACGAGGAAUUACAAGACAUGAUUCGGUGCUUUGACAUGGAUAAAGACGGAAAGCUAAGCUUGGAUGAGUUCAGCAAGAUUGUUACGCGAUGUCGCAUGUUGAAAGAAUCUUCCAUUGGUAAUUUGUAAAAUUUUCAAUCAAAACUGUCUACUGCAUGCUAAGAGGUCUUCUAGUGUGUUUGGAAGCUUUAAGUUGGACUUGUCUUGAUAAGUUUUAGAGUGUAAAUUUGCAAAGGCUUGUGUUUGACUUUUCGUUCGGAACUUGGAGCAAUGUUUAUAGGGUUAUAUAGUGGACUCUCUACUUAGUUUGGAUAUCGCGGAAUGAUGACGGAUUGAUGUUAAAUAUGGUAUGCAAGUUUCUCACGCGAACUUGUAUACACAUGUGG